AUGGGCAACUGUUCACCUCGCAGUUUGGAAGGAGGUCACUUUGAGCAUGAGCAGUAUGCCCCAAUGUGGGUGGUGAAGGUGGAGGAUGUCCUGGAGAUGACCGGGCGACUGCAGCCCCAUCAGGUCUUGAAAGACCAGGGCCUGCUCGUCGAGUGGAGCUCCAUGAUGUUCAGCGUCUUCGUGUCGCACCAAUGGCUGGGCUUUUCUCAUCCCGACCCAUCUGGCGAGCAACUGCGGGUCCUUCAAAGCAUCUUGAGAAAUCUGAUCUCAGGGCGCAUCAAAGUGGAGCAUGAUGCCGUGUCUCAAAUCAAUGGCUGUCUUCGCACGCUGACACUUGCAGAAUGUGGGAGGAUACAAGCUGGCGCCAUUUGGCUGGAUUACUUCUCUGUGCCUCAGCAUGUGGGUAGCAGCCCCAUUGGAGAACAGCCCCAGUACGUCAGGUCGAUUCCUUCCUACGUGGAUCGUUGCGAGGCCUUCCUUGCUCUAACACCAAGUGCGGCCCACGAAAUGGGGUAUCGUUGCAAUGAUGACAGCUGGAUACAGCGAGGCUGGUGCAGGCUCGAGUUGUGGUGCAAGACGCUCUCCACAAGAUCCAGCAUUCCAGUGAUUCAAGUGACCGGCCAUGACGUGGCACAGUUCACAAAGCCAGAUUGGAUUCACAACCCGGUACACUCUGGCGACUUUGCCUUGGAGGAGGACCGCCCCGCAAGUAACCGCGUCGUUCAGGCAGUUCUGGAGCACAAGCUUCGUGAGCUGCGGAGCAGGAAAAACUUGACGGCCUACCGGUUCUACAAGGCCUGCUUUCAUACGAUGAUUGGCGUGUCUGUCGUAGAGCGAAGCAUUGAGGAGUUCCUUUCCGAGUUUGCAUUCUCGCUGCCACUGAAGCAGCACAGUGGCUUGGGCCCGGUGGCCUGCGCAGCGCUGGCAGGCGACAGCCAGCUGGUUCGCAGCCUUGCCUCGUCCAGGGCUUCUGUAAACACACUGGCGCCAGCAAUGCCUGAGGUCAACAGCGUUUCAGGCCUCUCCCCGUUGCAUUUGGCUUGCAUGUUCAGAAGCCACGACCUGAAGCUCUUGCACACGCUCCUGGAGCUCAGAGCCGACAUCAACAGCUCCAAUGGGUUCCUGAGCACUCCCUUGGGAUGGUGUCGCACAGCAGGCGCUGUUGAGCUGUUAAUUCGACACGGUUCUGGAGUAAAUGAAUGGGGAAACCUCAUCUUUCAUAUGCCCCCGGUCGAAGUUGCUCUUGGAUUGCGUGCCCCAUGUGAAGUCCUGGCGAAGCUUCUGGAGCUCAGAGCAGAUGUGACAAGCUCAUCACCCUUUUUUUCAGUCGCCUUCGCAGGUGGCUCCAACAACAGUCUGAAUUCGGCACGGAUGUUGCUGGGAAGCAAGGCCGAUGUCAACCAGCGCCAGCUGGUUGUUGGUAUCGAGCGGAAAAUAGAGCUGGCAGCGAGGGCCUACUGCCUGUGCUGCAGAGAGCCUCCAAUCCUGGCGAAGUUCUUUGCAAACAUCAGCACCACUCCACUAGGCUAUGCGGCCAUGUUCAACAACGAGGACUUCCUGAUCUUCCUUCUGUGUGCCCGGGCGGAUCCAGAGAUCAAGAACAACCGAAACCUGCGUCCGAUAGAUCUUGCCAGCUCGGAAAGAAUCCGACAGCUGCUGCGGGAGAGGUUAGAGUGGUGUGAGCCGUGUCCACUGGUCUCGAACGUUUCGGACGUGUCGUGGUUUAGCAUAUAG